AUGAAAAAAAUCCGCGAAACUCUAGAACCAUGGAACCCCCUUUCGAUUUUCUCAAAGGGCAAACCGCCCCCCAGCCGUCAAGAACCCGAAAACAAUGGAUUCGUGAAAAAGGGCGUCGAGAAAUCGAAAUCGGCCGAACCUAUAGGACAUAUUUUUGAAAAACCGAAAGUUGUGGCCAAAAAAUUGUUGGCAAAGUCGCCCUCCAAUGAAGGGUUCUAUUCUGUGAACCCUGUUGUGGUCGAGGAUCAGUUCCAGGGCGUCUGGACGCCACUGGAUUUUGAUAUUGAUGCCCUUUACGCGGUGCCGAGGAAGAGGAAUAAAAUUAAUAGGAAUGAACAAACAAUGGAACUUUCGUAUGCCAAUUUGGCAGACAGCAAAUUCCAACCUUUAACGAUAAAGACGAGCGGAGAGGAACUUCAUUAUCAGAUCGUUAAACCGAAACCUUUGAGAUGCAAGAGAAGUAAAUCUGCACAAAACCUUCACAAAUCGGAACUAAAGGUUUUUCUGCAAAGGACACCAUCGUGCGAAAUCGAUGCUGUUUAUGAUGUACCUGGUAAAGCCAAACCGGUGGGAAAAAUAGAUAAAAAUAAUGAUAAUAAUAACACUAAAAACUGUCAGAAUGCAUUUAGUAAACUCAAGAAGUACGCGGAACAGAACACCAAAGAUGAUAAUAAUUUAGUGCCUGAAAUAAAACUGAAUGACCAAAAUUUAGUACCUGAAGUGCCUCCGAAAACGAAAGAAACUGAUAGUAAUAAUAUAGAUGAUAAUUAUAUUGACCAUGAUAAUGUUACAUCCACCUUAGAAAAAAGUCUUCCAGUUAAAUCUAAUAGUUGUACACAUGAAAGGGUUGAACACUUUUAUCAAGAAAUCCCUGAUAAAAAUGAACCAAGUAGUGCAAAAUUGGUGGUGGAUCAGAAUAGUUUGGAUAAUGAUGUUUUAUCAAGUGGAAGCAGUUUGGGUAUUGUUGAAUGUUUAAAUAAAAUUGAAAAACUAGAAGAAGUCCAUGCUGAUGUUUCUUCAAAACCAAGUGUUGAGAUUUUGGAUAAACCUUCAGACAAAAAAGUUGAUAACAUCAGUCUACCUUACCUCGAUCCCUUACCAACUCCUUCAGACUUCAGCGAAUUACGAAUACUGGCAAGAAAGGAUCAAAAUCCGCGAACCUAA